UCGACUAAUGACUCGAAAAAGGAAGCAAAAAAGCCAAAGAAGCGCCAGGUAGAAAGUGACUCGUCUUCAGAUGAAGGGGUGGUAGAUGCAACACCAGUUAAGAAGUCCAAGAAGGGGGGCAGUCGUUUGAGAAAUGCCGACGGAGAAGAGAUGUUCGAAUUGGGAUGGAUGCGAUAUGUGACGGCUAGAAAUUACAGAGGAAAGAUGCUCGUUGAUAUUCGUGAAUUCUAUUCAGAUAGAGAUUCAGGUGUGCUGCGUCCAUCCAAGAAAGGCAUUAGUCUCACUAAGCAGCAGUACGAGAAUUUCAAAGCUGUCAUGAGCGAAAUCGAUGCGAAGCUUUGA